CAUUAUGUUUUUCCCCGUUUAUUAUUCUGGGCACCUUGCAACCGCACAGGAAAAGCAGUCUCCAAUCAAAAAAUUCAGAUUGUUGCAGCAAUAAUGGCAAUCACAGGAAUUGUUAUGAUGGCAUAUGCAGAUGGUUUCCAUGGCGAUUCAAUUAUCGGGGUAGCAUAUGCUGUUGGAUCUGCAUCCACCUCUGCACUCUAUAAGGUUUUGUUCAAGAUGUUCCUUGGAAGUGCAAACUUUGGGGAAGCUGCUCAUUUUGUUUCCACUCUGGGUUUCUUCAAUUUAAUCUUCAUCUCGUUUACCCCGAUCAUACUGUAUUUUACGAAAGUGGAAUACUGGUCUCCCUUCUCUGCCGUGCCGUGGGGUUAUCUGUGUGGAGUAGCCGGCCUCUGGUUAGCUUUUAACAUAUUGGUAAAUGUUGGAGUUGUGCUGACCUACCCCAUCCUAAUUUCUAUCGGGACAGUGCUCAGUGUUCCUGGAAAUGCAGCUGUGGAUCUCCUAAAACACGAGGUGAUCUUCAGUGUAGUAAGGUUGGGUGCCACAAUCAUCAUCUGCACUGGAUUUUUGCUAAUGCUGCUGCCGGAAGAAUGGGAUGAAAUUACCCUGCGAUUUAUCAACAGCUUAAAGGAAAAGAAAAGUGAAGACCACGUAGAAGAUAUCACAGACUCCAGUGUGCAUACAAGGAGCAGAAGCAGAGCCAACGGGACAGUGUCUAUACCACUGGCUUAAAGCUGGCGAACAUUUAACUGCACGUGAAUGUAUAUUCUGUGAAUAUAAUUUAAUUUUCUCACUACUUGUAUGCUAAAAUGACAGUAUUACUCUGAACUGGGGAUGAAUUAUAAAAUAAAUGAUAAACACAUCAAUAAUAAAUGUUUACAUUUAUACACUUACAAAGGAACAGGUGUAAAUAACCACAAUAAAUUUUUUUUGUA